UAUUAGAAGUCUCAGCUUGUGAGAUCCUAUAUAUAGGUCCUCAUUGUAAAUUGUAAGGACAAGAGAGAAAUACAGAGAAUUUCCUCCCAAAUAAUUCUUUCAUGGUAUCGGAGCCAAAAUCCUAGAGUUUUUCAGCGACUACUGUUCACGAUCGCCCGGCAUGGCGUCCAUCGAUCGUUGCUCAGUUUCAGUCGUUUGUUGUUGUUGUUGCCGGACAACGGAACGGUCGACCGUUGCUCUUGAACGGUCGAGCACGUCGACCGUCUCGUCGGCACAUCGUGUGAUAGAUGCUACUGUUGAUUCUUCUGCCACCGCCGUACACCACUCUGCUACCGCCAUGGCCGAUGAACAACCAAGGAAGAUGUUUUUCUCCCUAUCAUCGUGUGUUUCUAGUGAAGCUUUCAGGGAUUCGAACUAUGAGGCACGUUUUGCCAACGAUAAGUGUAUACUACAGGAUCUGUAUUUAAAGACAGAAAUUGGUAUGGGUGAGCAGGAAGGAGGACUUUAUUACUUCAAAGAGCCUGAAAAGAAGAUGGUGUGCAGUGCGAAGAAGGAGAGUGCAUCUCUUGAUACAGGAAGUACAAAUGAAGUUAGCUCUUAUGAUGAAGAUGAAGAACUGCGGAUGGAAGAACGGAUGGACCGUUCCAAGAGGGACGGUCGACCAGAGGAAAGCGGUGGAGCAGACAUGCUACAGACGGUCGACCGGAUGAACCGUUCGGUUGUCCACGGUCGACCGUCCGAGAGGCAGAAUGACGGGUUCCUGAGAGAUGACCAAACGGUCGACCUGGUGGACCGUUCUGAUAUCCACGGUCGACCGUCUCCGAGACAGAAAGUUAGCGAUCCAGAACAACUUCAGACGGUCGACCCCGUGGACCGUUCCACGGACGGCGGUCGACCGUCCUCUUCCCAGCAGGCGGUGGAGAACUUGGGACGUGGUCAACGUGAGAAACGUCCAAAUGUACACCUUGCCGAUUAUGUUACCCAUGUAGCUGGUUCACAUGUUGGUGAAAAAUGCAAAUAUCCUCUUGCCUCAUUUUCAGGGUUAAGUUGCAGCAUUUCAAGUACUUUAGCAAUGGCGGAUAAGAAAGCACUCUUCCGGGCCAAACUAGCCCAGCGGAACCAAAAGCGUAUUGAGAAUCCUCUUGUAAGGUACAAUGACCAUGAUCAACCUGUCUGUAGAGUUUGUGAUGUUGUUCUAAAAUCUGAGACAGACUGGACUGUUCACCAAACUUGUCGCAAACAUAAAAUGGCAAUCGAUAAUCUUAAAGCAAAUUCUGCCACACUUAAGCAAACUAUCAAUGCGAAUGUUGAGCGUCCUAAAGACUCACAUAGGGCUAAGCUUGAGAAUCUUGAAGGUUUACAUAGUAAAGGAACCGAACCUUCUAUGGGGCUGUCUAAAGCUCGACAAACAUCUUCCCUUCCUCCUAACUUUUUUGAUAUUAAGGAAACAAAGAAACAAAAAAGUGGUCAUCCUUUCUAUGGCAUUAUUUCUGCAUUGCACUCUGUGAAAUCACUGUAGUGCAAAACUUGGAAGUGGGAGAGAUUAUAUUGCAAAGGAGCAUCUUUGUUUUGAAAAAAAGGAUGAGCCCCAUUCCCGACGGUCCCCUCAGACCCAACUGGACGGUGAUUGAGAGGAGGUAAAUUAGACUUUAAUCAUAGAUUUGUGGCAAAGAGCGGAGCCUGCACUUGGUAAUUACAGAGGCCCUAUGCUUAGCAUAGUUGCCUCUCAACGCAGUUGACAGGAAUCGAACUCGAGUCUUACUCCCUUGACACACUUUGGCUUGCCAACAGCGUAACACUCACGGGAAAAAAGACUUAAUUAUAAU